AGAAGAUGCAUUGCAUUGGCACGCCAUACUUGUCGGUUCUGGUUACAGGAAGCCUGUAAUACUUCUAAGCCGCUUGCUCCCAUCUUUGGUUACGUGGCAUCUUUCCACCAAGUUUUGACUGCCAUUCGUCAUGCCAGCGUCCCGAGCUCGAGGUGCCACGAAAGCGGUUUUGAAGCCGUAUAAUGACAAGCCCCGGCGUUCUGUGAAAUGCAUGACAGAUAGGCCAAGCGAGCCGGAGCCAACGCCACAGGCUUCCUUGACUUCAGCUGUGGCUCCACUUGAGGAUGAGGGGACUAUGCGCGAUUAUUGUCUCGAGGUAGUCCACAGGCUAUACCCCGGGAUAAUGCCCAGGAAUGAUUACGACAUCAGUACGUUGGCGGGGGAAGUCUACGCUUGGCUGGACGACAUGAUUCGGAUCGAGUAUGCGGGAUGGCCAGAGGGCUGCUCCACUGUUGAAGAAGCAACUACGCUAUCCAUCAAAGCUUGCGAAGAGUUGCUCGAUCAGCCUGCGCAGGUCACUGGGCGUAAACCCCGCCCUGGUCAGCGUCAUGUCUACGUUCGCCCCAUUCCCGACUGUGACUACUCUAUACGGUUAUGGCCCGGCGUUGUCACUGCGCGAGAAUUCUGCCUCGACUUCGUGCACACCGAAACCGGCGAGCCAACGAACUCACCCUUCGAAUACGAGCUCUGGUCGUUGUCUGACCCCACCACUCCGUGGCUAUCAGUGGGAUCUAUGCAGCUAAGGUCAAUCGAGAAUAAGUUCGGCGUUCAAACACGUGAUAUACGACCAGGCGAGGAGAAGUUUGUCUUGAAGGACGGACUGACUUGCAUGCUAGUGCGACCGGGGAAGCGGAGUCUCCGCUUUACGGUCCCUAUCCAUAGAGGAGAGACGUCGGCUGCCGAGGUGGAAGUCGAUACGCUGGAUCUACCCAAGAUCAUAGGUUGACUCGUACGCAUGUUUUUGGUGUUGUCGCAUCGCGUAAUGGACUGAAUACUUGGCUGCUUCGCUCUCGGUAUCAUGUCCGGUAUGUCAG